AUUAAAGUGGGGGAAUUUUUGGAGGAGGAGGAGAAGUAUUUUUUUUUCCCUUUUCUGGCUUUUUCCCUCUUUUUUGCUCGUCACUUUUUUUGGUCAUGAAAUGGGAGAAAUGGAGAUCGAAGAAAUCGAAGCUGUUCUUGAGAAAAUCUGGGAUCUACACGACAAGCUCAGCGACGAGAUUCACUUGAUUUCGCGGUCUCACUUCCUCAAAUCCGUCAAACCUUCAGCGAGAUCGGAGAAGAGGAAGAGUCAGGGUUUAAACUCCGGCGAAGAAAACCGUCAGGGUUAUGUCUUCAUCAAGGGAUUCGCUGUCGACGAUAACGACUCCACGAUUCAGGAGGCGAAGAGCCUGAACGCAAUCCGAACCGCGCUUGAGAACCUCGAAGACCAGCUUGAGUUUUUCCAUACUAUACAUAUACAGCAACGAACAGAGAGAGAUGUGGCGGUUGCAAGGCUUGAACAGAGCAGGAUUAUACUAGCAAUGAGAUUGGCUGAACACCAUGGCAAGAGCUACGGAGUUCUUGAGGAAGCUCUUGCAUUCGUUGGGAGCAUCAAAAGCGCCGCUCAUUUCGUUUCGCCUGAUCACCUUUACAGUUCCUCACCGAACCCAACCGGAGCAAACUCUACUCCUUCUGAUGGGAACAAGUCAAACUUUGUAAUCAACGCCUUUGCAUCGACUUUCGGGUUUGCUAAAAGAGCACUUGGAUUCAACCAUGUGAGAGGCGUACUUGGAAACGCCGCUAUAUUCGCCAUCAGCAUGGUCGCUAUGCUACAUUUUCACCAAGUGGGUACUAGUGAGCAUCAUCUACAGAAGAAAGAAGAUAGAUUCUACAGAAACCAGAGGAAAACGUACAGAAGAGAGAUUUCUUCAUCUGACACAAGCUUGGGCCACUUGGACGUGAUGAUGGCUCGUGGUUAAGACCAGAGAUCGGACUUGUAUACACGUGAUGAUACUCGGAUACAUUUGCUUGCAGCAGAGGAAUAAAAGACAGUGAAAAACCAAGAAGAGAAGAGAUAGUUGUGUUUGCUCUCAUAUGGUCUUUUUUUUUUUUUGGUUUGCUUCAGUUGCAAAUAUUUGGUCCUUUCAUCGUUCUCGUUUUGAUUUUAAAUCUCUGUGGUUAAAGGUUUGUUUGUUUGUUUUGUUGGUUUCAAGUGGUAAGAUUUUUUUUUGUAAUCACAAGUUAAUUAGUUGUUAUGGCCUUAACAAAAUACUUAAUGACUACUUGACUAGUGCAAAUUGUAUUUAUAAAUGUAAAAUUGUAUAACUAGAAAUGAGUAAACACCUAUC